GAUCUGCAGUGGAAUGAAUGGAUCAUGAUUUUUACUUGCGGUGCUUGAAUAAUUUUUUUUUUCCCCAAAUGGGAUUAAUGGUUACAGCAUUGUUUUUCAUAAAUGUUCAGCACUGGAAACCCCUUGCAGUGUAACAAUUUGUGCCUUUGGGAGAAAGUUUUUUUUUUUUUUUUCCCUUGAGAUAUGUAUUAUAAUAAAGUUGUAAAAAGUACAUAACAAUGAAAAUAUGUAUCUUUACACUCUAGUAUGCCUAGUUUUGAGAAAUAGAUAUGUUUUGUAAAUUGUGCCAAAUGGACAUGAAAAUAUUUUCUCAUUGAUGUUUGAAUUAUAAAUGUUUUUGAGCUUAUGAAUGAAAAUAUUUAUAUAAAAUUUUGUUUUUUGGAAUUUGUAUGAAGUUUGCUUAACACACUCUUGCUCUAAGAAUUUUAAUUGUUGUCCUGAAGAAAUAAAACCUCAUCUGUGAACUUUUAUUAUGUAGGUUUUGUAUUUGUGAAGUAUAGAAGGCCAAAGCAAAACUGGUUAGACAUUGAAAAAGCAUGGUUAUGGUUUAUAAAAUAUUAAAGCUUUAUAUAAUAGCUUUUGGGGGCUAGAUUUAGAAAAUUACAAACAAAACGAUUAGCAUGUUGUUAAUUACAGCUUUACUACCUGACUUCUAUGUGAAGAAAAAAAUAUUUAGGGGUGUUCUCUUUGGGUUGUUUUAAAAAAUGAAUGUUAUAUUUGAAUUUGGUUUUAGGAGAUUUAAUUUUUUUGUAUUCAUAAAAACCCUGUUUGCAGGGUUGUAUUUCUUCCAACCUUCACUUGUUUUAAUUAGAUUAACUAUUAUAUAAAAUUCAGGUAGUACCACCCUAGGGGUAAGAAUGCAGAUAUGCAGAGCAAGUGGUAUGGUUCCUGCUUCAAAGAGGUCAUUAUCUAAGAUAUGACUGAAAGAAUAUGCUUAAUAAUGAAAGCUUGAAUUACUGAGCUGACACAAAAUCAAAUGAGUGGUGUAUAGUAAGACUGGAAAAGCUGCUUGGCUUUUAUCUACUAAGUUUUUAUCUAGGGUUUGAAGAAGUGGCAGGCAUAGACUGGUGGAGGGGAAGGGAGUUUGGGCGGGGGCAGGAGUGUUAAAAAGCACAGAGCUGGCACCUGGGGGAUGCAGGUACUUUCCUUGUGGGAAGUAGAGACUAAUUUAAAUGAACGUCAUGAAAAUAAGGUUUAUAAGGUUGUGGCCUGAGCUGGAGGAAUCUGAAAAAGUUUGGAUUAGAAAUUAGAAGUAGGGAGUUCUGCUGAAGGCCAUUGAACAUAACUGCAUGAAGGAAACCGAGGAGAUCAGCAGCCAGAUGCAGCGGAUUCAAGAGACGGAAGUGAGGAAACGGCGAUUAGAGCCGUUUGUCAUCUUGGUGGACGGGGCAGGGAGGGGGUCUUAAGAAUAAGACCCGGUAGUUUUAAAACAAAGCAGGUGAAGUACGUGGCUCCUAAGUUUGUGAUGCCAAGUCAAAAUAAGAAUGGAACGAGUUUAUUAUCUGGUGUUGAAAACAAACUUACCCGGAGACAUGGCUUGCAAGUAAGUUGUUAACAAUGAUUGAGGGACAUCUGCCUUCUUAAACAUAUUGAACAAACUUCGAACACUAAAACCCAAGAAAAUUAGGCCAUAGUGAUUUUUUUUUAAAUUGCUAGUACUUUCAACUAAAAAUAUUUGAGAUUGACUACUAAGAAGAGCCUGUAAUUUUAUUAGUAACUUUUGAAUUAUAAUAGUAUAUUUAAGCCAUGGUUUAAGAGACAUUCUAAUUGGUGUAGGACUUGGUGUGAAAACAGCAUAAUAAAAAUAAAUAAUCUGGAUUACCAAUGUUUAAAUUUUUAAGAAAUAGGUACUUGUAUUAAAAUUUAGGAACAGUUGAGGAAAAACUCCUUUUUUAGGGGAGAAAUCCCUAAAAUAUAGUUCCCUCUGGGCAGUAGUAGUUUUUGAUAUGUAAGAUGUAACAUGUUUGUCCUUACUGGAGUUUUUAAGAGUUCUUAACUUGAAUGUAUACUGUGGUCCCACAGUGAGUAUGAUUAUCCUUAGAAUUAGAAAAAUAUGGGGAGUUCCUGUUGUGGCGCAGUGGAAGUGAAUCCGACUAGUAUUCAUGAGGAUGCAGGUUCAGUCCCUGGCCUCGCUCAGUGGGUUGGGGAUUUGGUGUUGCCAUGAGCUGUGGUGUAGGCUGCAGACCAUGGCUUAGAUCUGGUGUUGCUGUGGCUGUGGUGUAGGCCAGCAGCUGCAGCUCCGAUUGGACCCCUAGCCUGGGAAGUUCAUGUGCUGUGGACGUGGCCCUAAAAAAAAAGCAAAAUAUGAAAAAAUAUGAAAGUGAUAUAAUUUUAAAAAUCUGUCUUUUAACCAAGUUUAGGAGUUAAUAGAGUCUUCCAGUUUUAAGAUAUUACAUCAGUCUUAUAAAAAGUUUAGGAAUUCCCAUUGUGGCUCAGUGGGUCAAGGGACCUGCCAUUAUUUCUGUGAGGAUGUGGGUUCAGUCCCUGCCUCGCUCGGUGGGUUAAGGAUCCACUGUUGCCACAAGCUUCUGCGUAGGCUGCAGAUGUGGCUCAGAUCUGGUGUUGAAGUUGCCAUGGCUGCAACUCCAGUUUGACCCCUGGCUGGGAACUUACAUAUGCGACAAGUGCGGCCAUAAAAAGGAAAAAAAAAAGUAUAUAUAUAAAAUAUCGAAAGUGGAUAUUUUAAACGUUCUCACAGUUAAUAUAAGCUUAACCUCUCUCAGUAAAGAAGUUAGUGAGGUUUCUGGCACAUGGUAAAAUAGGGAAAUGCAUUUGACUCCAUCCCAGUUACAUGUUGAAGCAAAUCAGCUAAAGCAAAAAAGGAUAGGUUGUCCCCUAUCAAUGGGGAAAAGAGUUCAUCACAUCUCUGAAGUUUGGGGUUUCUGUGUAGAUAGAUGGAUGAGAGCAGAACUCUUUACUGUUCCCUGAUGAUUGGAUGAGCUAGUGGCGUGGGAAUAGGAAGCUUGCCUGAAAGCCCUGCCCUGAACCUCUUCCUUAAAUAAUUCCUUAUUUAUACUUUUGUAUGGUUGCAGCCUUACUGAAAAUAGACCCAUCCUUACCUGUAUUCUCUGCAUGCUAAAAAGCAAUGAAAAAUCAUUACAUCAGUGAGGAGAGGCAGCAGUUUAAAAGGGAUGGAAACUAGGAAGCCAAGUCAACUAUUGCCAGUUCAGCUGAUGCUACUGAAACAGCUCAUACAAGAAAGAGGUAGAGGAGGAAUCAGAAGUCUUAUGCCUGGCAGUGAAUGACUUAAUGGUGGCCUUGCCAGGAACAGUGAUGCAAAGGUUUGAUUUAAUUUCGAAUGAGAUUAUUCUUGCAGCGAGAUGUUAAUAAGACAAAAUCUAGACUAGAUGUGUUAAAUGGGCUUGCCAACAAUAUGGAUGACUUGAAGACAGACACCGGUGUUCCUGGUGCUAAGGACGAACUCCUAGGUGACGACGGUGUCCUCUCCGACGGGGAGAGUGGAGCUCAUGCACCGAGAGACUGCCAGGCGUCAUUUCAGAAGAGCAUCACGCGCCCUCUGCCUGAAGAGCUCUCCAAGGGCAAAUCUGAAAAGGCCUCAGGUGGGGGCCCGUCUACUCGAUUUAUACACGCUGGUGCUCCUACUGUUGCGAGUGAAAACUGUGUCUUGCCUAAAGGAGCUGCCGUGAAUGGACCCGUUUCCCAUGCCUCCUUAACUAAGACUGCUCAUGUGAAUAAAGGCAGUGUUUCCUUAACCACUGGACAGCCUGUGGAUCAGCCAGCGACAGAAUCGUGUUCAACUCUGAAGGUGGCAGCUGAUCUUCCGCUGUCUCCACCACAGAAAGCAAGUCAACACCAAGUUCUGUUUUUGUUAUCAGAUGUAGCACAUGCUAAGAAUCCAACCCAUUCCAUUAAAAAACUACCUACCUCUGCCUCAGUUGGUUGUGACAUUCAGAAUUCAGUAGGAAGUAGUGUCAAGUCGGAGAGCACUUUAAUGCAUCACGUAGAGGUCGGUGAGGACAGAGAAGACGGACUGGUAAAAGAUGACUGUGUCAGUGCGUUAACAGGCAUUUCCUCAGGUACCGAUGAAUUUAGGUCAGAAAAUGAUGCCAACUGGGAUCCCCAGAAAGAGUUCAUUCAGUUUCUUAUAACUAAUGAAGACACAGUGGAUACAGCUCCGGUUCACUCUAAGGCAGGUCUAGAAAAGAAGAGAAAACGGAAAAUGGAUGUGAGUAAGAUAACUCGUUACACUGAGGACUGCUUUAGUGAUUCCAACUGUGUCCCCGGUAAAUCAAAGCUGCCGGAAGUAGACUUCAUGGAGCAGAAUGAAGAGCUUCAAGCAAUAGACUCCCAGAAAUACGCGUUCUCAAAAGUGAAACCCGAAUCAGCUGAUGAAGACUUGGAAUCCGUGGAGGCUUUUCAACAUCUAAUGUAUAGCCCAGAUAAGUGUGGAGAAGACAGUUCACCCGUUCAUACUAGCACUUUCCUUUCAAAUUCCUUAAAGAAGAAAUGUGAAGAAAGUGAUUCUGAGUCACCUGCUACUUUCAGCACCGAAGAGCCAUCGUUCUACCCCUGUACCAAGUGCAAUGUGAAUUUUAGGGAGAAAAAGCACCUCCACAGGCAUAUGAUGUAUCAUUUAGAUGGGAAUAGUCACUUUCGCCACCUUAAUGUCCCGAGACCAUAUGCUUGUAGAGAAUGUGGGCGGACGUUUCGAGAUCGUAACUCACUACUAAAGCAUAUGAUUAUUCACCAAGAGAGAAGACAGAAGCUGAUGGAGGAAAUUCGUGAACUGAAAGAACUUCAGGACGAAGGCAGAAGUGCCCGGUUGCAAUGCCCGCAGUGUGUGUUUGGUACCAAUUGCCCUAAAACGUUUGUGCAGCAUGCUAAAACCCACGAAAAAGACAAAAGGUACUACUGCUGUGAGGAGUGCAACUUCAUGGCAGUGACGGAAAAUGAAUUGGAAUGCCAUCGCGGAAUCGCCCAUGGAGCCGUGGUAAAAUGCCCCAUCGUCAGCUCCGAUGCAGCCCAGAGGAAGACGCAAAAAAAGACUUUCAUGAAAGACUCCGUCAUAGGAUCCUCCAAAAAAUCAGCUGCCUACGUGUGUAAGAUGUGUCCUUUCACUACUUCAGCCAGAAGUAUUUUAAAAAAACACACGGAGUACUUGCAUUCGUCAUCAUGCAGUGACUCGUUGGGCAGCCCGCUUGGACUUGAUAAGAGAAAAAGUGACAUCCUGGAAGAGCCGAUAGAUAUUGAUAGUCCUAAACCAUUAACUAAACACCAGUCAACAACCUUUCCAAAGAAUUCUGCUUUAAAACAAGAUGUAAAGCCAACAUUCGGAACAUCCUCCCAGGCGAGUAAUUUUUCAAAAUUCCAUAAGCGGCCCCACAGAGUGCAGAAAGCUCGGAAAAGCAUUGCCCAGUCAGGUGUAAAUGUAUGCAGUCCGAACAGUUCUCCUCGUGAGACUGUUAGGAUUAGAAACAGCAUCGACCAAAAACCUAAGUAUUUCCAUCAGGCAGCAAAGGAAAAAUCUAAUGCCAAGGCAAAUAGCAACUAUUUAUACAGACAUAAAUAUGAAAACUACAGGAUGAUCAAAAAAUCAGGUGAAUCAUAUCCUCUGCAUUUCAAAAAAGAAGACUCUAGUUCAUUGAAUUCUCUACAUCUGUUUUCAUCAUCAAAUAAUUCUCGCAAUAGUUUUAUUUCAGACCCUCAUAACUCUGACACCAAAAGGCCAGAAGGCUUCAAAGACCACAGACGUGUAGCUGUAAAGAGAGUAGCUAAGGAAUCUAAGAAGGAAAGUUCUGUUGGAGGAGAAGACUUGGAUAGCUAUCCAGAUUUCUUGCACAAAAUGACCGUUGUUGUUUUGCAAAAACUCAAUUCUGCUGAGAAGAAAGACAGCUAUGAAACCGAAGAUGAAAGUUCCUGGGAUAAUGUUGAGCUCGGCGACUACACUACACAGACUAUAGAAGAUGAAACCUACCAUGAUAUCAAUCGGGAACACGUCAGCUUAUUCCCUCUGUUUAAAAACAAGGUGGAAGGUCAGGAGCCUGGAGAAAAUGCGACCCUUAGUUAUGAUCAGAACGAUGGCUUUUAUUUCGAAUAUUACGAAGACGCUGGAGCGAAUAACUUUUUGCAUGAGAUCCAUGAUCCUCAGCAUUUAGAAAAUGCAGAAACUUCACUGUCCAAGCAUAGCUCUGUUUUUCAUUGGACGGAUUUGUCGCUGGAGAAGAAGUCAUGUCCUUACUGCCCAGCAACAUUUGAAACAGGCGUUGGGCUGUCAAAUCAUGUCCGAGGGCAUCUUCACCGAGCGGGCCUGAGCUAUGAGGCCCGGCACGUCGUAUCGCCAGAGCAGAUAGCCACCAGUGACAAAAUGCAGCAUUUCAAAAGAACCGGCACAGGAACACCCGUUAAGCGAGUUAGAAAAGCUAUAGAGAAGUCUGAAACCACUUCUGAACACACUUGUCAGCUCUGUGGUGGUUGGUUUGAUACUAAAAUUGGAUUAUCAAAUCACGUUAGAGGCCACCUGAAAAGACUUGGGAAGACCAAAUGGGAUGCUCACAAAUCUCCAAUCUGUGUUCUGAAUGAGAUGAUGCAAAAUGAGGAAAAAUACGAAAAAAUCUUAAAGGCAUUGAACAGUCGUCGUAUUAUUCCUAGACCAUUUGUAGCUCAAAAACUCGCGUCAAAUGAUGACUUUCUGUCUCAAAAUGUUAUACCUCUUGAAGCAUACCGUAAUGGCCUAAAGACGGAAGCUUUAUCAGUGUCUGCAUCAGAGGAAGAAGGGUUGAGUUUCUUAAAUGAAUAUGAUGAAACAAAACCAGAACUGCCCAGUGGAAAAAAGAAUCAGUCUCUUACACUGAUAGAACUGCUUAAAAAUAAAAGGAUGGGAGAAGAGAGGAAUACUUCUGUUUCUCCUCAAAAGAUCCAUAGUCAGACUGCAAGAAAGAGAUUUGUUCAGAAGUGUGUUCUUCCAUUGAACGAAGAUAGUCCAUUGAUGUAUCAGCCACAGAAAAUGGACUUCACUAUGCACUCAGGUAUGCCUGUGAAGCUUAGAACAUGUGUGCAUUGCAAUACGACGUUUACAAGCGCUGUUAGCCUGUCCAACCACUUACGCGCUUAUGCACGAAAGAAGAGUGCUGGACUUUUGACUGGUACAGCCUUAGAUUGUAAGCAAAAGAAAUCAAGGUCAAGAUCCGGAAGCAAGAAGAAAAUGCUAACGUUACCUCACGGUGCUGACGAGGUCUACAUUCUCCGAUGCAGGUUUUGUGGCCUAGUCUUUCGUGGACCAUUGUCUGUUCAGGAAGACUGGAUUAAGCACUUACAACGACACAUUGUAAACGCUAAUCUUCCACGGACUGGAGCUGGCAUGGUGGAAGUCACGUCACUACUCAAAAAGCCUGCCUCCAUUACAGAAACUUCAUUUUCUCUACUAAUGGCAGAAGCAGCUUCCUAGAAACAAGGAAACCUUUUAAAUAGCGAAUUUGAAUUGGAUGUACAUUUGAAAUUCUUUUGUGUUUUUUUUAAAGCCACGUUAAAUUAUCCGUUUGUAACUACUAAAACAGGAAAAUGGGGGAAAGAGAAUUACAGUGACAUCAGAGCAAACUGAGUGCUGCAAACAGUAAGUAGCCUCUGUAUUUUGUGUAGGAGGGCGAUGUGUCUUUAAGGUUUACUCAGUUGUGUCGGUUCGCUGUUGACUCACCGAAAGCUCAGUCCGUGUACACAGUCACUAAUAACCUGUGGCACGUGGGUAUUUAAAGACAGACUUAUUGGAAAAUGAUGUUUUCUGCAGUGUUACCAGAAUCAAGGUUCUGUUUAUUCCCCACAAGACUUGCAUUGAAAAAUAAGAUAUUAUAUUUUGUUUGUAUAUAUUUAGUGUUUUGUAUAAUACCAGGAACUGCUAACUAAAUUUACUCAACUUAGGGCAUUAAAUAUCAUGUACUUCAUAGUUGGAGACUGUUCACUCAAAUAGGGCAGAGUACUAUUCUAUCUAGAUGUGUAAGUGUUUUUUUAAAGAUCACACGGAACGGUUUUUUUUAUACUAAAAAGUGGAGGGAGAUUUGUUUAAACAAGUAUUUCUAAAAGAAAUAUGUACAUAGUCCUGGAAAUUAUUUGCGGUAAGGACCUACUCUUUACUCCAGUUGCAUUUCUCAGACAAUAAAGUGGUGCAUCCAUGCUACCUCCUACUUUGUCAACAAAGAUGCUGGUAACCCUUUACAUUUUUGUACCAUAAUAGAUUUUAAAAAAAUCUAAUGUUCUUUCUUGCAAGACAUCCUUUUGUUAACAGAUUUGUUUCUUUUUAAUGUUUUACCUAAAAUUGGACAUGCUUACAGGACACGUUUGCCUCUUACUUUAUUUAACAUUGUAGAAAUGUAACUAAUGAUUAAGCAGUGCUCACUACACAGUUUAGAAUAGGCUUUCUCAUUUAUAUUCUCUUCCAAAUUCGAUCAGUUAGCAAAACUUCAUACACCAAUUUCUACAUAUGAUGAGAAUGUUUACAAUUUAAAUUUUUAGAACUUGUUUUGGAUGUGACUAUAUGUACAAAAAUCGUGUUAACACUAUGCUCAUGCUAGGAACCGACAUAAUGGAAUUACUGAAAUAAAUGUGCUGUGAGGAAUGGAAAACAUGGUGCAGAUGUCUUGGUCAUGAAAAAUUGUGAUUCUUCUUUUGAACGUUUUCCAAAAGCAAAUUCGUUCUUUUAUUAAUCGGAAAUCAGAUUCCUUUACAAAUAACAGUUUUGUAUGCAAGCACCAUUUCAUUUUAUUUCAUGUAGUAUGGCUAAUAAUAUAGUUGAAACAAGGAUAAUGCAUUGAUACUUUUCUCGUAUGUAAAUAAAGUUAAAAGCAGUUAAAAUAAGGAGUAUUUUGGUAGAGUAUAUACAUACCUCACUGCCAGUGAAAUUGCUUUCCUAUGGUAUAUCUCCUUACCGGAAAAAUCUCUAAAUAAAAAAAAAGACUUAAAGAAAAUUA